AUGGAUAAAUACCUUCUGAAGAAAAACAAGCAACCAAACUUCAAUGUGGAACUAGCGACAUCAUUUAGUUUGGACGCUUUUAAUAGUAAUAUGUCCACUACUUCUGCGACAAAUACGACUUCUAAAUUAACCUCAAACUCUAAGAAGUCGACUUUGGCCAAUGCCAGAAGUGUUAGCUCUAUUUUAGAUGUUUCUGAGGAAAAGAAUAAACUGUUAGCUCUGCAAGGCUUGUCACUAAGAGGCAUAGGCAGUAAUGAACGUUCAAACUUCAAUGAAAUCCUUCAAGCAAGAUCUGAGGAUAUAUUAGAAUUAAGGGCGUGGUUACAUCGAAAAGGACACAAAUGGACAUCUCAUGAUAUACAAAAUGAAAUUCUUGAACUCAUGGCAUCAAAUAUAAAGCAGCAGAAUUUAAAAGAAAUCAAAGCAGCUCAUUUCUUUAGUCUUACACUUGAUGAAACGUCGGAUAUUGCAAGAUUGGAACAAGUUUCCAUUUCCAUCAGGAUUCAUGUAUUUGCUGAGUGUGGAUUGGACAUGAAAAAAUUACGUGGCCAAUGCUACGAUGGAGCAUCUAAUGUUUCGGGAAAAAUAUCAGGACUGCAAACUCGUAUUCGUAAGGAAGAGCCACGUGCUGUAUUUGUACACUGCAACGCACACAGGCUAAACUUGGUUGUUCAGGAUGCAAUUGAAGAUAUUACUACUGCCAGAAACUUUGUUGGAGUAAUCAAAGACCUUAUUACUUUUAUUCAGGACUCCCCAAAACGUCUUGCCGAGUAUAAGAGAUUUCAGGGGGCUGUGUUAAAAGAAGAUGAUGAGGAGAAUCUUGGAAAGACUUUAACUAUUGCUCCAUAUUGCCCGAUUAGAUGGUGUAUGCGAGUUUUUUCGCUGAAAACGCUUCAGCAAAAAAUAAAUUACAUGGCAGCUUUGCAAUUCUUGGGUGUAAUGAAAAUGAACAGGGAAGUCGACAGCAGUAUCUCAUCAAAAGCUGUAGGAUUCCUAAAACACUUGGAGUCAUUCGAAUUUUAUUUUCAACUCACAAUGAUCGUGGAAGUUUUCGAAAAAAUUGAACUUCUCAACAAGAAAUUACAAGAGUCAAAUCUUUGCGCUCUUGAAAAGUGGAUGCUAUCAUGA